AUGGCUGACGAAGCUAAGAAGGCAAGUCCUGAAACCCCACCUGCUGCUGAGGAGGUCACCGUCUCCGACGUGCCGGCGCCGGUGAAGGCUGAAACCGCCGUUUUGGAGAAGGAUACGCUGCCUCAGGCGGAGCCGGUUCCGGAGCUGGCUGAUAAACCGGCGGUGGCGGAGGGAGAGGAGAAAGACGAAGCGUCCGAGGAGAAAAAGAUAGCCGGAUCUGUCUCCUUCAAGGAGGAAAGCAACAAGGUCGAUGACCUCAUUGACCCGGAAAAGAAGGCCCUCGACGAGUUCAAAAAGCUGGUUCGAGAGGCUCUCGACAAACACGAGUUUACCGCCCCGCCACCACCGCCGGAGACGCCGGCUUCCGCCAAGGAGAAGGAAGAGCCGAAUCCCGAAGACAAGAAGGAAGAAAAGCCAAAAGCCGAGGUAAAAACCGAAACUUGUGAAGCGCCUGAAGAAGUUCCGGCGAAGGAGGAAAAAGUUGAAGAGAAAGAAACCCCACCGCCGGCAGCAGAUCCACCGUCGUCAGAAACGACGGCGGCAGAGAAGGCCGAGGAAAAAGUGGAAGCGGCCGAGGAAAUUAAAGCAACUAUUGUUCAUGAAGUCACUGCCGCCCCUGCCACGCCGCCGCCGCCACCAUGCGAGGAGUCCUCGGCCGCUGCCGCCGCGCCGGUUGAGGAUGAGAAGCCCAAAGAGGUGGCGGAGGAGGAAGGAGCGGCAGACCCACCGCCGCCGGAGGAGGUCUCCAUCUGGGGCGUUCCCCUCCUCGCCGACGAGAGGAGUGACGCCAUCCUCCUCAAGUUCCUGAGGGCUAGGGAUUUCAAGGCGAAGGAAGCUUUCGCCAUGCUCAAGAGCGUGGUUUCUUGGAGGAAGGAGUUCAACAUUGACGAGCUGCUGAAAGACGAAGGUGUCGGGGCAGACAGUGGUCUCGAAAAAGUCGUGUACAUGAACGGAGUGGAUAAAGAGGGCCACCCGGUGUGUUACAAUGCCUUCGGCGAGUUUCAGGACAAGGAAUUGUACAGCAACACAUUUUCGGAUGCGGAGAAGAGGGCCAAGUUCUUGAGGUGGUACAUUGGGUUCUUGGAGAAGAAUAUUAGGAAUCUCGAUUUCGGACCUGGUGGCAUUUGUACUUUUGUUCAGGUCACUGAUCUGAAGAACUCCCCUGGAUUACUGUUGUUCAAGAAAGAACUCCGGCAAGCCACCAACCAGGCCCUCCAGUUGCUCCAGGACAACUACCCUGAAUUUGUUGCUAAACAGGUGUUCGUCAAUGUGCCAUGGUGGUAUGUGGCUUACAACAGGAUGAUAAGUCCAUUCUUGACACAGAGGACCAAGAGCAAAUUUGUAUUCGCGGGUCCAACCAAAACUGCCGAGACCCUCUUCAAAUAUAUAGCACCCGAGCAAGUGCCCGUCCAGUACGGUGGCCUUAACAAGGAGCAAGAAUUCACCACCUCUGACUCUGUAAUUGAGGAGAUUAUCAAGCCGGCCAGCAAACAUACAAUCGAAUUGCCUGUACCUGAGUCGGGCACACUGGUUUGGGAGGUGCGGGUAGUGGGUUGGGAUGUUAGCUAUGGAGCCGAGUUUGUGCCGAAUGCAGAGGGAGGAUACACUUGGAUCAUUCAGAAGCCAAGGAAAAUUGGGCCCUCGGACGAACAAGUUCUAACAUGCUCGUUCAAAAUCGGCGAAGCUGGCAAAGUCGUGCUCACGCUUAAUAACCAAACUUCGAAGAAGAAAAAACUUCUCUACAGGUCCAAGACCGAGCCUUCUGAAUGA